UCAAACUCUUCGAAGGCAUGUGUCCCGAGGAAUACAAACCAUUCAACAGAAAUCCUCCCGACGAAUACCAUCAUUUGCUCCAUCUUUUUUAUUCAUCUCGGACCCCUUCAGAAAAUCCAGCAGAAUCUACAUAUACACCUCCACCCAAGUGGAUUCCUAAUGCGAUGGAGCUUGAUAGGGCUGGGGUGAAGUUCAAGAAGAAGAAACCACCCGCAGACAAUUUCUUGAACAUAACAUUCGAGCGGAGGAAGAUGAAGAUCACGCCAUUGCUACGCCUCUUGAAGCUAUGUUUAACUUUUAGGAGCGGACGGAUGGAGAUACCACCACUGCAAAUCUACGACUAUACCGGUCCCCUUUUCCAAAACCUCAUAGCUUUUGAGCAGUGCUAUGAUAACACUCAAAUGCACAUCACGAUAUACGCACUCUUUAUGGAUUGCAUCAUCGACCAGGCUGAGGACGUGCGGUUGCUCCACUUGGAAGGCAUACUGGAACACAAACUAAGCAGUGAUCAAGCAGUGGCAGAACUCUUCAAUAAGUUGGGCUGUCAGGUAUACUUUGAUUCAAAAAAGAACUAUCUUGCAAAUCAAAUUGAGAAAGUAAACAAGUUUUAUGAUUCCAAAUGGCAUAAAUGGCUUGCUGCGUUGAGGCGAGACUAUCUUAGCAACCCGUGGGCUAUAAUUUCAGUGUUGGCAGCGAUCUUCCUUCUCUUACUGACAGUUGAGCAGGCAGUAUUUUCUGCUUUGUCCUAUAUCCACCAUCGAUAGGUGUUAUUUCGUUGCUCUCUUGUGCAAGCAUGGAUUAGGAGAUAGAUAUAAUGGAAGAGUAAGUGCACAC